AUGCUAACAGAUGACCUUGAUAUCGUCGUUUAUUCCUUAUCUAUCUAUCUAUCUAUCUAUCUAUCUAUCUUCUAUCUAUCUAUCUAUCUAUCUAUCUAUCUAUCUAUCUAUCUGUUUAUCUAUCUAUCUAUCUAUCUAUCUUCGUUUAUUCACUAUCUAUCUUAUUCUAUUUACUAUCUACGCUUAUUCACUAUAUAUCUUCGUUUAUUCAGUAUCUAUCUAUCUAUCUAUCUUUCUAUCUUCUAUCUAUCUAUCUAUCUAUCUAUCUAUCUAUCUAUCUAUCUUCGUUUAUUCACUUAUCUAUCUAUCUAUCUAUCUAUCUAUCUAUCUAUCUUCAUUUAUUCACUAUCUAUUCUAUUCUUUUUUUAUUCUACGCUUAUUCACUAUAUAUCUUCGUUUAUUCAGUAUCUAUCUAUCUAUCUAUCUAUCUAUCUUAUUUAUCUAUCUUCUUAUUUAUUCACUAUCUACGCUUAUUCACUAUAUAUCUUUUUAUUCAGUAUCUAUCUAUUAUUCACUAUAUAUAUUCGUCUAUUUAUUCUAUUCACUAUCUAUCUAUCUAUAUAUCUUAUCUAUCUAUCUAUCUAUCUAUCUUCAUUUAUUCACUAUCUAUCUUAUUCUAUUCACUAUCUACGCUUAUUCACUAUAUAUCUUCGUUUAUUUAGUAUCUAUCUAUCUAUCUAUCUAUCUAUCUAUCUAUCUUCAUUUAUUCACUAUCUAUCUUAUUCUAUUCACUAUCUACGCUUAUUCACUAUAUAUCUUCGUUUAUUCAGUAUCUAUCUAUCUAUCUAUCUAUCUUCAUUUAUUCACUAUCUAUCUUAUUCUAUUCACUAUCUACGCUUAUUCACUAUAUAUCUUCGUUUAUUCAGUAUCUAUCUAUCUAUCUAUCUAUCUAUCUAUCUAUCUAUCUAUCUUCAUUUAUUCACUAUCUAUCUUAUUCUAUUCACUAUCGCCGCUUAUUCAUUAUAUAUCUUUCGGCCUUUCAGUAUCUAUCUAUCUAUCUAUCUAUCUAUCUUCAUUUAUUCACUAUCUAUCUUAUUAUUUUAUUCACUAUUAUCUUCGUUUAUCUCAGUUCAUCUAUCUAUCUAUCUAUCUUCAUUUAUUCAGUAUCUAUCUAUAUUCUAUUCUAUACGCUUAUUCACUAUAUAUCUUAUUUAUUCUAUCUAUCUAUCUAUCUAUCUAUCUAUCUAUUAUUAUCUUCAUUCUCUAUCUUAUUCUAUUCACUAUCUACGUUUAUUCACUAUAUAUCUUCGUUUAUUCAGUAUCUAUCUAUCUAUCUAUCUAUCUAUCUAUCUAUCUAUCUAUCUUCAUUUAUUAUAUCUAUCUAUCACUAUCUACGUUUAUUCAUUUAUUCGUUUAUUCAGUAUCUAUCUAUUAUCUUCUAUUCAUCUAUCUUCAUUUAUUCACUAUAUAUCUUAUUCUAUUCACUAUUUAUUCACUAUAUCUAUUUAUCUAUCUAUCUAUCUUCUUUUAUUCACUAUCUUCGUUUAUUCAGUAUCUAUAUAUUUAUCUAUCUAUUACUAG